CGUGACUGCGCGUGGCUCACUCACACUGUGUCCUCCCUGCGCAGGUGCGUCUGUGUUUGUGCCUUUCACUCUCGGGCCUUCAAGUCGGAGCCGUCUGAGGCCGACUCUGCCCCGCUGCCCCGCUGCCCCCGUGCCGCGGACGGCCGUUCUCAGUGAGGGACCUUGCACGCGCUACUGAGCUGUGGCCAUGGGCCUGCUCGCCUUCCUGAAGACCCAGUUCGUCGUGCACCUCCUCAUCGGCUUCGUCUUUGUGGUCAGCGGGCUGGUCAUCAACUUCGUCCAGCUCUGCACACUCAUCCUCUGGCCCCUGAACAAGCAGCUGUACCGCCGGCUCAACUGCCGCCUCGCCUACUCGCUCUGGAGCCAGCUGGUCAUGCUACUGGAGUGGUGGUCGUGCACCGCAUGCACCCUGUUCACCGACCAGGCCACGGUGGCCCGCUUUGGGAAGGAGCACGCGGUCAUUAUCCUCAAUCACAACUUCGAAAUCGACUUCCUCUGCGGGUGGACCAUGUGCGAGCGAUUCGGUGUGCUGGGGAGUUCCAAAGUCCUGGCUAAAAGGGAGCUGCUUUACGUGCCCCUCAUCGGCUGGACCUGGUACUUCCUGGAGACCCGCGUCCCGGGUCCGGCCCAGUUUCUCCUGUACUGCGAGGGCACGCGCUUCACGGAGAAGAAGCACCGCGUCAGCAUGGAGGUGGCCGCCUCCAAAGGGCUGCCCGCCCUCAAGUACCACCUGCUGCCUCGGACCAAGGGCUUCACCACCGCGGUCCAGUGCCUCCGCGGGACAGUCGCAGCUGUCUACGACGUCACGCUGAAUUUCCGAGGAAACAAGAACCCGUCUUUGCUGGGGAUCCUGUACGGGAAGAAGUACGAGGCGGACAUGUGUGUGAGGAGAUUUCCUCUGGAAGAGAUUCCACUGGAUGAAAAGGAAGCGGCUCAGUGGCUUCAUAAAUUGUACCAGGAGAAGGAUGCGCUGCAGGAGAUGUACAACCAGAAGGGUGUGUUCCCCGGGGAGCAGUUCAAACCUGCUCGGCGGCCAUGGACGCUCCUGAACUUCCUCUCCUGGGCCACGGUUCUCCUGUCUCCUCUCUUCAGUUUUGUCUUGGGGGUCUUCGCCAGUGGAUCUCCGCUCCUGAUCCUGACGUUCCUGGGGUUUGUCGGGGCAGCUUCCUUUGGAGUCCGCCGACUAAUAGGAGUGACUGAAAUAGAGAAGGGCUCCAGCUAUGGAAACCAAGAGUUUAAGAAAAAGGAAUAAUUAAUGGCUGUGAUUGAACACACAUAACCUGACGGUGGUAUCCAAUUAACUCAAUUAAAAACAGAACAACAUACACAGAGCGGGAAAAAGACACUUAGAAACUAUUUUUCUUAUUAACUGGUGACUAAUACUGACCAAUAAAACUUGAGCCAAGAGUAAA